GCGGCUUCUGUCUCAGUCCAAUUUUUCAGGGAAACCACUGAGUUUCUCUCUCUCCGCGGCUGCCAUCUCUCCGGUCUAGGGUUUCUUCUGUACUAGGGCUCAUACCGCAGCUUCCCCUCUGCUUGGAGAGUGUACGGGGACAUUCCAAACAUGGCUAACACUAUGGCUAAGUCCUUCCUGCAAGUGGCGGCAACUGAGGAGGCUGUACCCCCUCUUCGAGUGAUCCAGAUGGAAGGAUUGGUUAUCUUGAAGAUAAUUAAACAUUGCAAGGAUCAUUCCCCUACACUGGUCACUGGACAACUUCUUGGGCUUGAUGUUGGCAGUGUUCUUGAAGUUACUAACUGUUUCCCCUUUCCGAUAAGGGAAGAGGAUGAGGAAAUUGAGGCCGAUGGUGCUAAUUACCAGCUCGAAAUGAUGAGAUGCUUGAGGGAGGUUAAUGUUGACAAUAAUACUGUUGGAUGGUAUCAGUCUACAUUGCUAGGUUCCUUUCAGACUGUGGAGCUAAUUGAAACUUUCAUGAAUUACCAGGAGAACAUAAGACGCUGUGUUUGCAUAAUAUAUGAUCCAUCAAGGUCUGAUCAAGGUGUCCUAGCUCUGAAGGCCUUGAAGCUCUCUGACUCAUUCAUGGAACUCUAUCGCAGCAAUAAUAUUACCGGGGAGAAACUGAGGGAGAAAAACCUAUCAUGGGUAGAUAUCUUCGAGGAAAUACCUAUCAAAGUUUCAAAUUCUGCCCUUAUCAGUGCCUUUAUGACUGAGCUGGAACCUGAUACACCAGUAACCCAGUGUGAUUAUGAUCGUCUCCAAUUGUCAACUAGUUCAUUAAUGGAGAGGAAUAUGGAGUUUUUGAUCGAAUGCAUGGAUGAUUUGUCAAUAGAACAGCAGAAGUUUCAAUUUUACUACCGGAGCUUGUCACGCCAGCAGGCCCAGCAGCAAGCUUGGCUUCAGAAAAGAAGGGCGGAAAACAUGGCACGUAAAGCUGCUGGAGAGGACCCAUUGCCUGAGGAAGAUCCGUCAAAUCCCAUUUUCAAGCCAAUCCCUGAGCCAUCGCGAUUGGACAGCUUUCUCAUAACAAAUCAAAUUGCCAACUAUUGCAACCAAAUUAAUGGGGUAUCAGGGCAGAGCUUCAACAGACUCUAUUUGAUGAAGGCUCUUAAUGAAGAUUGAUAAGGCCAAUUGUGUGAAACUGUUCCGAUAUUCACCAAUUGAUUUCCAGUCAGAGGAUGGAGAAUUUUGUGUCUUCGAUUGAAUGUUUUAUUUUGCUCAAGACGAUGUAAUACUCCAGAGUUUUAUUUAUUUUCUGAACACCUCAAAUGUAUAAUCAAAAUAUUGGUCAAAACAUUUAACGGUGGUUCUUCAGGUUUUUUGGAUGUGAAUAUAUGUACUCGGUUCACUACAAAA